CCCCAGGAUUUUAACCCCUGGACUUCAAAUUCUCAAGACUGCGAAAAGAAAGAUGCUUAGAGCUGUGAACGCAGGGGCUAGGGGCCUGGAUAAGACGGCAGACGCGAGCUCAGAUCGUGUCGAGGCCUCACUCGAGCGACAGCGAUCAUCUAGUGGUGGAACUGCUGAAGAACAAGCACCAGGCAUUGCAGUGUUUGCAUUCAACAGAUCUGAAGUCAAGAACGCCCUGAGCAGAAAACUAGUCAACCAGUUGGCGGCAGGUAUUCAGCAGGUGAGACAUGAUCCUGAUGUGAGGACGGUUAUACUGAAGAGCAAUGCUCCCGGAGUGUUCUGUGCCGGAGCUGACCUCAAGGAGAGAAAGGAGAUGACAGACAGAGAGAAUUCACGGCAGGGGGCACGUAAGACUAUCCAGGAUCUCUGUGACCUUCCAAAGCCUGUCAUCUCUGCAUUGGACGGCUUGGCUCUUGGUGGCGGGCUGGAAAUUGCACUGGCAACAGACAUCAGGGUGGCAGCUGACACUGCUCAAAUGGGACUGGUGGAGACGAGACUUGCCAUCAUCCCUGGUGGAGUCCUUGGUAGAUAG